AUGGCGGGCGCCCUCCUCGCCGUUCCGCUCGGCUUACAGCUCUCGACGUCGACCUCGCUCGUCGCCGCCUCGUCCGCUCACCACGUCGCCGGCUACUACCAGCAGUGCGGCGGACACGGCUGGCACGGAGCUACCAAGUGCCCGAGCAAGUGGGCCUGCGCCAAGCAGAGCGACUGGUUCAGCCUCUGCAAGCCGAUCCUCGACAAUCACGGCUGCACGAACGACGAGUACGCGCAGUGCGGCGGCAUCGGCUUCAAGGGCGAGAAGUGCUGCAAGGUCGGCACGACGUGCAAGAAGGACUCGGACUGGUGGAGCGCUUGCGCUCCCGUCAAGCACACCUCGAAGCCGCACCCCUCGACUUCGACGAAGCACACCACGACCAAGCCUCACUCGACGACGAAGCCUCACUCGACGACGAAGCCUCACUCGACGACGAAGCCUCACUCGACGACGAAGCCUCACUCGACGACGAAGCCUCACUCGACGACGAAGCCUCACUCGACGACGAAGCCUCACUCGACGACGAAGCCUCACUCGACGACGAAGCCUCACUCGACGACGAAGCCUCACUCGACGACGAAGCCUCACUCGACGACGAAGCCUCACUCGACGACGAAGCCUCACUCGACGACCAAGCCUCACUCGACCACCAAACACUCGACAUCGAAACCGCACUCGCCGACUCCGCCCCCGCGCGCUUCCGUCACCAGCAAGCUCGACGAACUUCGCCUCUCGCCCGAGUGGGACCUCAACGCUCCGCCUCAGAAGCGCGAGUACUGGUGGGAGGUUGCCGAGCAUCCCGGCGCGCUCGACGGCUAUGACCGCCCCAUGCUUGUCGUCAACGGACAGUACCCCGGUCCGCUCAUAGAGGCGAACAACGGCGAUACCGUCGUCGUUCACGUCACGAACUCGCUUGACGAGCCGGUCACGAUCCACUGGCAUGGUCUCUUCCAGAACGGCACCAUCUGGGAAGACGGUCCUUCCGGCGUCACCCAAUGCCCAAUCGGACCCGGAAUCACCUACACAUACGACUUUCCGAUCACUGGCAAGGAGCAGUACGGCACUUUCUGGUGGCACGCUCACCGCCGCGCGCUCUACAUCGACGGCAUCACUGGUCCCUUCGUCAUCCACUCGGAGAACGACCCUCUCAAGCGCGGGCGCGACUUUGACAUCGACCAACUCGUCCUCCUGCACGACCACUAUCACCGCCGCAGCGACGAGAUUGUGGACGGGCUCCUCUCGGCUGGCGGCUUCAACGGCAGCUUUGUUGCUCCUUCCCCUCAGAGCAAUGUCAUGAACGGAGCCGGUCUCUAUGACUGCUCAUUCGCCGCCGCGAACGCGACUUGCCGCCAGAAGACGCAGCGCGACCUUCCCGAGCUCCGCUUCCCGCCCAACCAGCGCGUCCGCCUCCGCUUCAUCAACGAGGGUGCUCAUCCCCUCCAGUUCGUCUCGGUAGAUGAGCACGAGUUGACCCUCGUCGAGGCCGACUUCACGCCGACCAUGCCGCUUCCCGUCCACCGCAUCCCGAUCGCUAUUGCCCAGCGUUAUUCGGCGAUCCUGGACACCUCACGCGACAAGACAGGCGACGCCUUCUAUCUCCGCGCGCAGAUCAACACGGGCUGCCUUGGCCUGCCCUUCCCCGACCUCGACCCGCAGGCUCGUCUCGUCGUUCGCAUCGGCGAGGACUGCGACGACUUGGGCAAUGCGCUCCCGACCUCGGCCGACUGGAAUGACCCUUCGGCUGGAAACUGUACCGACCUCGACGCGGCCAACCUUCACCCUCGCAUCCCUCGCGACGCUCCUUCGUCCGCCAAUCAGGUCCUCGUCUUCAACUCUUCCUUCGCGCUCCCGCAAAACAUCUUCAAGUGGACCCUUAACGACCAGACCUUCGAGAACUUCGCCUACGACCCGCUCCUCCAGCGCGUGGCUCGCGGCGAGAGUAUCCCGACCGGUCGCGUCGCCGUUGUCACCGCCGGCCACCUCGAAGUUGUCGACCUCGUCAUCCAGAACAUUCAAGGCGCCGACCACCCCUUCCACCUGCACGGGCCGCAGAUGUAUGUCCUCAGUCGGGGAUCUGGCUUGAUCACGCCCGAACAAGCAUCUCGUCUCCACCACAACCUCACAAACCCGAUCCGCCGCGACGUCAUCACCGUCUCUCCCGGCACCUGGCAGGUCGUCCGCCUCAUCGCCGACAUUCCUGGCGUCCACGCUUUCCACUGUCACAUCUUGUGGCACCAGAUCCAAGGUCUCCUCGGCGCCCUCGUCAUCGAGCCCGACGUGAUCCGGACGUUCCGAAUCCCCCAGGACAACCUCGCACUCUGCAACGGCGGCAACGCUUCCGUCAUCGACCCCGGACGCAAGCGCUCGCUCGCUCGUCCUGCUCUUCCCGCCGCGCCCGCCUUCACCGGCGGUUUCGUCAAGGCCAACAAGCGCCCGUCGAUCUGGCCGUGGUAG